CUCUUUACGAUGGGACGUCGCCUGCCUGUCCCCGUGGUCCUCUGAGACCUCGCGGGAUUUGGGAUUAGACGGAGGGGGUUAAAAAGGAACGUGGCUCCCUCGGCGCACCGGAGCUGACAGCAGCGGCGGAGGCAGCGCAGGUAUCGGACAGCAGUACUGCAGGCUCCCGCUAGUCCACCCAGCGACACCUCCCUCUCUCCUCCCUGCGUGACACGGUCGGUGUGUGGGAGCUUCGGACGGAUCCACGUCGCAUCACUCACCCCCCCUUCCCUUUUUUAAAAAAAAUCUCGCCUCUAACGGCAUUUCCGUCUCCUCGUCCCUGAAGAUGACACCUGGAAAACCCCGAGCUGCAGUCAUGUCCUUCUCGGUGCUGAUCCUCGGGGCGCUGAUGCUGCAGCCCGUCUCCUCUCAGAACGCCGGCUUUGUGAAGUCCCCUCUUUCCGAGACUAAACUCACAGGCGACGUCUUUGAGCUGUACUGUGACGUGGUGGGAAACCCCACCCCAGAGAUCCAGUGGUGGUACUCUGAGAUCAACCGAGCCGAUUCUUUCAGGCAACUGUGGGACGGCGCCCGUAAGCGUCGGGUGUCCAUCAGCACGGCUUACGGCACCAACGGCGUGAGCGUGCUGGGCGUCUCUCGUCUCACGCUGGAUGACUCCGGGACCUACGAGUGCAGGGCCAGCAAUGACCCACGACGUAAUGAGCUACAUCAAAAUCCAGCCACCACCUGGAUCCGUGCUCAGGCCACUAUAACGGUGCUGCAGAAGCCAUCAAUCGCCGCCUCUGAACACAUCACACUUCCAGUGGAAGGCGACACUUUCACGCUGCAGUGCAACCUGACCAGCGCCUACAGUGUCCCCGAGGAGAGCUACUGGAUGAAGAAUGGCGAGGAGAUCCCGGACACACGCAGUGUGAAUAAGAACACCGAGUACAGGCUGAACAAACCAAGGGGAGACGACGCUGGAGUGUACACAUGUGUCUACACCUUUGAGGUGGCUCCGCCAGGCAACGCCAGCAUUGAAGUUAAAUCUGCUCCUGAGAUUACAGGCCACAAGCGCAGUGAGAAUAAGAAUGAGGGCCAGCUUGCUGUGCUCUACUGCAAGUCUGUGGGCUAUCCUCACCCUGUCUGGACCUGGAAGAAGUUUGAGAAUGGAGUUUUUAGGGAAAUCGACAACUCAACUGGACGCUUCUUCAUCAGCAGCAGAGACAAUUACACCGAGCUCCACAUUACCAACCUGGACAUUAGCCUCGAUCCAGGCGAGUACCACUGCAACGCCACCAACAGUAUCAGCAGCCGCGACGAGAAGUCUGUGCUGAGGGUCCGCAGCCACUUGGCCCCCUUAUGGCCUCUCCUGGGAGUUUUGGCCGAGAUCAUCAUCCUGGUUGUCAUCAUCGUUGUUUAUGAGAAGCGCAAGAAGCCUGAGGAUCUGCAAGACGAUGAUGACCCAGCUGGACCAGUGAAAACUAAUUCCACUAACAACCACAAAGACAAGAACCUCCGCCAGAGGAAUACGAACUGAGCAGCCUGUCCCCUGAGUUUCAUUACACAUGUAUUGACCAUAUGAAGGUAAACAAGAGGAGAGUCCAUACCAGUCAUUAACAGGAUGUAUCUGCCAUUGAAAGUGUGGUUGUGCAGGAGUUAAAUGGGGCAUGCCUUAUGAUUGUGUGAGGGUGUGAGAUCAGGAGGUACUGGAAGCAUUAUGGAAUUGUUCACAUUAUAAACAUUGUUGCUGCAUGCGGUUGUUGAAGUUUAUGAUUUUUCUCCCUCUUAUUCACUAAUUUAACAUUUUUACUACUUCUAAAGUAAUGCAUGCAAGAUGUUGACCUUCUGUUUGACACAGAAAUGGCUUUCUUUUGUUAAGUUUUCUCUGAGAGUGGCUUCAUGUAGAUAACCAAUACUGUGUUCUAGAGGAAAAACAAAACUCAACAAUGUAAAAGAAGAUAACCACCAUGAUCUGGUAUGACAGUCGUGUACAGUUUUAUCAUUCCACUGCAUACCAUUUUCUAAGUUCUAUCAUUUUACCAGACAGUAUUUAUUACAUUAUAAGGGCUUUGCAAUGUCCCUCUAAAUUUGGUUAAGGUUUACUUAUGCUGUAUGUAUGAUCUGUAUGUUUCCAAUCACUAUAAGUGUGUAUCAGCUCAUAUAUAUAAA